AUGAGUGCCAUGGAUCCGGCCCUGUGCGGGCUCUCCCCUCCGAUGAGGGUGGGUCUGGUUGCCCAGGUGAUCAGGCAGGAGCCCGACCUCGGGGGCACGCUGAUGGAGGGCAUCAAUCCUCAGCAGCGCUUCGUGGUGAGCCCCUCCAUCCAGGAGAUCGGACUGAUCACGCUCUUCAACGCGAUGAUCACUGCUGCAGCACCUCUACCUCGGCUCCUUCUUGAUGCUCGAUCGGGAUGGGUCAGACAUUCCAGGCCCACUUUUGGGGACUUCUUCCAGCUCAGGGAACUAUGCGCUGGAAUUGGGGGCUUCUCCCAAGGAGCCAACUUCGUUGGGAUCAAGACGGUGGCCUGCCUGGACCACAGCGCCCUGGCUUGUGCUGCGCUUCGCCUUCAGGGACACUACACCAUCCAGGCUGACAUCGAAGACCAGGAGGCUCUCCAGAAGCUCCAUGCGGCCGGUAACGCCAGGCUUCCUGGCUACUACAAGCGGUUGGCCUCAUCCUUGGAAUGCGUCCACAACGUCAAGGAGCACCCGGAUGUCACGCUACUUCUUCAAGAAUACGCCCGAGGACGCAACUGGCAGAGCCACGCAACCACCCUGGACCUCCAAGACCAAUGGGCCAGUCGCCGGAAGAGAUGGUGGUGCAUCAUGAUCCCCAACGACGACCGCGUCCCCUUCCGCUUGCUCCCUUGGCCUGCCAGCAACCCUUUCCCGAAUGUUGGCUCCGUCAUCCAGGAGUGGCCAAUCUGGCCAGAUGAAGACGAGGACAACCUGGCCUGGUAUGGCAACCUCGACUACGGCAAAGAUCUUCGGCAUCUCAACCUGGCAGCGCCGGCUCCCACGGCCCUCCACUCAUGGGGCUUCGCCAUCAUCUCCAUGAGCACCGGCAAGAAGCGCUACAUCCACCCCAAGGCGGUCUGGAUCUUCGCACAUGUGACCAACUGGAUCUUCCAGAUCCACGCAAAGCGACCAGGGCGCUCAGCACUUGGCUACGUCCAUGAAUACCAGCACAAGCUCCUUCGGGAUCGCCUGCUCCACUGGAUCACCCCAUCCAUGUUCCGCUCACGCACCCUGACACUCAAGGAGGAGGGAGAGCCGGACGUUUUGAUCACCCUCAAAAGCCCAGCCUCGCUCGCACAGGUCAAAGCCGCAGAAACAGCACUUCAAGGUUGGGGAGCUGCAGUACAUGUCCACCCUACAGGCCACAUCCAAACCGACCAGGAGCUCAUCGCUAGUGCCACAGACCGGCUGCACUGCCAAAUCAACAGGCAGAAGAAACGGCAAGCAAUUGCCUUCCCUGAGUCUGAGGACAAGCGCCCGCUUAGAGCGGCUGGCCCCGAGACCGCUGAACUCACCUGGGAUGAAACGGCCGUGCUCUACAACCUCCAGCUGAUCCUCAACUACGCUGCGUGUAUCGACCCACGCCCUUGGGGGAUUAUCACACCAGUCCAAGCAUUUGAACUUCUCUGUGCAACCCCACGAGCCUUGCCCAAUGAGCUGCAGCUGUUCGACCGGGCCGUCAUCAUCUUCCCGUACAACAACCACUGGACGCUCCUCACGCUUGAACCAUCAGAGGACCACACCCUGGCCACCUACUGGGAUGCUCCAGCCACCCCCAACCAACAAGCUGCACACGACCUCACCUUGGACAUCUGCUCCCUGAUGGGCUGGCCUUCUCCGCACAUCCAGCACAAGCACAUCUUUGCCACCACCAGCAACGGCAAUUGUGGUGUUUUGGCAAUUGUCCACUUCGGAUGGCACCUAGACCUAUGGGACCAUCUUCCUGAUGAGCGCAUCAUGCAGUGGCACCUUGCUUUCGCAACCACCCCUUCAGGGCCCUGCCUGCGGGAACUCAAGGCUGUCCUCAUCACCAAGGGGGUCCCACAGGCAGCAGUCCAAUCCAGAGCUGAAGCCAAACUUGGCAUCGGUCCCAUCCAGGCAGCCCUCAGAGACAAAAACAACUGGCAGGCGCUCAAAGCCCUAGCCUCUCGGCCGGCCUCCAGAUUCAGAUGGAUCGACUACAACGAACUCCAGGACCACAUUGCCGAACGCGCCAACUCCAAAUUCGGCACCAACAUCCCCAACGCGAAAGGCAAAAAGCUCAAGGGACAAGGUCACGCUGGUCGACCUCCUUCUCUCCAAGUUGAUCCCAACCAACUUGUCAUCCCCGAGGGCAUCUUCGCCGAUGACGAGAACAAUUCGAUCGCCCAGAUCGCGUUCUCCGACAUAGGCUGCAACAAAAGAGGAUUCGCAAUCACCACGGUUGAAGACGCCAUGCACUUCAUCAAGGACGCGCAGAGCAUCUCCACCGAAGCCCUUGCGCUGAUCACUACAACAGAACUUCCUCCACACCAACAGGCCGAGACCAUCCGCUUCCCCGCAGUCUACACCGGCACCAAUGAGCCCAUCCUCCUCACAGGCAGCCUGACGAGAUACACCUCCACACUGCGCAUCUCCGUAUUUGCGGACGAAUAUCCACAGGUCAUCCAAGAUGUGUGGUCCUGGACCUAUGCCACUCUUGACGGCCGCAGAUCCAACACCGAGCACUGUGACCCAUGGUUCAACGGCAGCGACCCAUGGGCCAAGUGGUUCCACACCUCGGGAGACGUCGACAUGACCCCAUCAGCCUCGGCUUUGCCAGCUACCAGCACGAAGAAGAUCGACCAGCUCGGCACCACUUUGAAAACGGACAUGCACGAGGCCGUCCGCUCUGAGGUAGCCAAGAGCACAGACGUUGCCAAAAUCACCCACCUCGAAGCCAGCGUCCACGAGCUGCGUGAACAGGGCAAACGCUUCGAAAAUUGGUUUCACGAAGUCAGCCAACGAAGCCAGCAACAGGAUGAUGACCUCAAAGCCCUCAAGCACGUCGUCACCCAGCAACAGGGCGACCUAGCAGAAGUCAAGCACCAGAUCAAGUCCCAGGGAGAUUCCCUGCAAGCAGCAGUUGGCACCAUCAAGAACGACCUGUCCAACCAGAUCGACUCCCAAUUCCAGCGCUUCGAGGCCCUCCUGGCCAAGAAGGCACGUAUGGAGAGUCUCUCCAUAUUCUCCCUUUUGUCCAUCCUGCUCUGCUUCGGUCUGUUCCCACUUGGUGCAGCACACGCAGAAAACGAGCAGUGCCAGCCUGGUACCCAGCUCUACUACGUCAGCGCAAAGGAGCUUUACGCAAGCUCCUAUUGCGAUCAGGGGCCCAGGGAAAGCACUCUCAAGGCCCAGCACCCAGGGCGAGCAGCGUGUUCUGCAGCUGCUCCCACUUUGACCCUCGAUGCCAACUACCGCCGCAUCGGAGAGGCCCGCAAUCCAGGGCCCAGCAAUCCUCUCCCGCCCACUGAGGAGCUCUUGGUUGUGGGUACCACGAACCCCUCUGGGCUGAACGGCAAGGAGGAAAUUCAGAUUAACCAGGACCCAGGCAUCUGGCUCCUGGCGGAAACACAGCUCUCCUACAUUUCCGGACCUACCUCCCGCAAGAGACUCGCUGCACUCGGCCGUGCCCAUCAACGGCAAGUUCGAUGCAUUGAAGGCGCCCCGGCUCCGCUCAGAGCCAAUUCUCUCUGGGCCGGAUCUUGGUCCGGGGUCAUGAUGAUCUCCGAUUUCCCGGCCCAGGCCAUCACCCUUCCUUGGGAGCCCGGCGCAUUCGAGACGGGGCGUGUCGCUACAGGCCGACAUUUUAUAGAUGACCUGCCUAUCACCACCACGGUCGUGUAUGGCUUCGCACAAGGCCCAACCUACCCCAACGCCAAAGCACUCACUGAUCAACUCCUCACAACUGUCACCAAGGAGGUUGUCCUUGGCAUGCAGGGAGUUCGGAUCAUAGCCGGUGACUUCAACAUGACCGCUGACUCAUCACCACAAAUCGCCAUUUGGCGACAACAUGGAUGGCAAGAGGCCCAACAGUUGGCCCAUUCUCUAUGGCAACAGCCACCUCAACCUACAUGCAAGGGGGCGACAACCCCUGACAUGCUCUUCCUUUCUCCUGAAGCAGCAGCACUGGUUCUUCGGGUGAGAGUUGAGGACGUCUACAUGGAACACUCGUCCGUGAUGGUGGACCUCUGGACCAAACCCCAGCAGCGGCUACUCCGACAAUGGCGGCAACCCGCCUCCAUCCCAUGGGAGUCCGUCCGGAUCCCACAAUGGCACGCGGCCAACGUUGAGGUCGCCAACCUUGAGCAGCCCGCCACCGAGUGGUAUCGGGAGUUUGCGGCUACCUAUGAGAACUCCCUCAACGGUUUCGUCAGCUCCUUUGGGCACAACGAACUACCUCGGCGAUGCAAAGGACGUGCCAAAUGGUCUGAACCUCAUCAGACCAAGCUUACUUCGCAUAUCCUGAAGUCAAGCCGUCCUGGAGAAGAAGCCAUCCUCACCAGCCUUGCCGGUACUGCAGUACGGCAAUGGUGCAAACAACUACGACGCCUCCAGAGCUACACGCAUGCCACUGCGACACAACCCCGUUCGGCCAACUCGGGAUUAUACAUCGCCCAGCUAUGGGGUGCCAUCACGAGAAGCUCGGGAUUCCGUGGCAGCUUCCACGUCUGGUGGAAAACACGACCAGCACAGCUACAAGGCAGCCCAGUCAGCCUCCCUCUGGAUCCACCAGCUCACCAGCAAGCCAUUCUCAUCUUCCAAGACUUCAGGACCAACUACCGUCAGUUCGAAGCAUGGCACGCCAACAAGCGAAGGCAGGCCAUCAACCUCAAAUUUGAGGAAUCCACCGGCGUCCUUUACAACUUCAUCAAAGAGGACAAGGCGCCCCCCAUCGACACGCUUGCCAUUGCUCGGGACUAUACCAUUUUGGCCGUGGACCCCAGCAACAAUUUUGUUCACCUCGACAAGGUCAUUUACGUUAAGGGCAGCUCCUCCUGGUCUCUUCAUGGAGAGCCAGCUCAUGUACAGUUGGAAGCUGCCGACAUCGCUCAAGUUGACAGCGAUCGGCUCCUCUGUCCAGGAGACACCCUGGAACAAAAUGUGUCCGUCACUCACAUUGACGACAUCCACCAUGAGCUCCUCGAACUCUGGUCAUCCCGAUGGAACACUACUGCGCAAUUAUCUGAGGCCGAAUUCCAGCGCAUCGCCAACUUCAUUCACGCCUUCAUCCCGCGAGGACACUUCCCGUGCGAGCCGAUCUCCGUCAACGACUGGGACAUUGCACUCAAGAAGUACCGGCCACACACCGCUAAAGGACCGGAUGCCUUUGCGCUCAACGACCUUCGCAACAUGCACCCUGCCCACAAGGCCAACCUCAUCGGAUGGCUCAACAGGCUUGAAGAAGGCCAAUCAGCCUGGCCAACUCAGGUCCUCCAGGGUACCAUCACCCCUGUUGCCAAGACAACAAACUCGAAGGAGCCUGACAGCUACCGGCCCAUCACGGUCUACAGCCUCGUAUACAGGACGUGGGCGGCCGUAAGGACCAAAACCAUCCUGAAGUCCAUCAGCUACCUCCUCAGCAACACCGCCUACGGGUUCAUGCCCGAGAAGGAGGCCCUACAGUACGUCUUCGCAAUCCAGGCCCUCGUUGAGCUCAGUGCCCAAGCCGAUCACGCCUCUGGAGGCGUCUGUGGCUUUGCGGCCGACCUCAAGAGAUGCUUCAACAAUCUGCGCAGAGAGCCCAUCACGCUCACCGCCCAGGCCCUCGGAGUUUCCAACCGAGUCCUCAAGCCGUGGUUGGGCUUCCUCUACGGCAACCAACGCAGAUUCACUGUCCGAGGGCACCUCUCCGAGCCGACCAAAUCAUCGGUUGGCUACCCAGAAGGAUGCCCACUAAGCGUCGCUGCCAUGACCAUGAUCGACCUCAGCUUCCACCUCUACAUGAAAGCCUUCUGCCCUUCGGUCACGAGCUACAGCUUCGUCGACAACCUCGCAGCGACUGCCACCUCUACACAGGCCUUGGCCAGAGGUUGGUGCACAAUGGAGGCCUUCUGCUCCCUCUUCAAGCUUCCGGUUGACUACGACAAGUCAUUUGCCUGGGCUUCAGCUCCUGGUGACCGUAAAGCCCUCGAGCUCUUCCCAUGCAGGGCGGUUCGUGCUGCCAGAGACCUUGGAGGGACACUUUCCUUUGGUGGGACUCUCAGGAAUUCCAGCCUGGUCGAACGAUGCCGCGGCCUAGCAGGCCGAUGGAAUGCCCUCAAGCGAGCCCCAGGCUCGCUAAUCAACAAGGCUCGUACGCUGUGGACCUGCUUCUGGCCACGGGCACUUCAUGGAAUUGUCACAUGCAGACUCGGGGACCAGCACAUCAAGCAGCUCCGAUCGGCGGCGGUUGCAGCCCUUCAACUCAAGUGCGCUGGGGGCAACCCCAUCUUGCGCCUCACCCUGGAGUUCCAAUGCAUGGCCGACCCCGGCUACUACCAGAUUGCCACAACGCUCAGGGACUUUAGGCGCCUCUGUCACAAGCAGCCUGCGCAUGUUAAUGAGUGGGCCCACUUCAUGCGCCAAUAUGACGGGCGCCUCCUUCCUGGUCCAUUUUCCAAGCUGAUUGAGGUCUGCAGCUCCCUCGGAUGGACCAUCACCAGCGUGCCCAUCAUACAGGAUCAUGAUGGGGUCAACUUCAAUCUGCUCAUGUGUGCCACCAAUGAGUUGGAUAUUCGCCUCAAUGACGCGUGGGCUCAGCACAUCGCAGGCCAAGUCCGCAAGUCCAUGAACGGCCUACGCGGCUUAGACCUUGCCUGUACUACCAGACGGCGUUCUAAGUAUAACCCCUUACAGGCGCGAUUGGUUGCAGCAAUCUGGGAUGGUUCUUUCCGUGCAGUUUGCUACCACGCGAAGUACGACCUGACCAAGGACGCCCAGUGCCCCCGUUGCCACGUGACGGAUGAUUACCGACACCAAGUUGCAGUCUGCCCGCGUUUCCACUCCUGCCAAGGUGAAGACCAAUGGGCAGCGGAUAUUUGGGAUACACUUCCUGAAUGUAUCAGCCAGCACCUCCUGAUACCCAGGAACCCCAUGCUGGCUGAUAUCAAAAAAGCCCUUGGCGACCUACCUGACAGAUCCACGGAGUUCCACCUCCUGCCCAACGACCAGGACUGGGACACUUUUGGUGCAUCCAAAUUGCCGGAACUGCCCUUGGGAUUUGUGAAGCAGUUCCUCACCUGGAUCCUCAAGCUGGAUGAACAGUGCGCCGACAGCACAGAUGUCAGCUACCUU